AUGUAUUUGUACAAAGCAACAUGCCCGGAUAUCCCCAACCCCAAGCAGAAGGCGUCCAGAAGGCAGAGCGCAGUCCAGGCUCAGGGCCUCGGUCAAGGGAGGCUGGCAGGUCAGACAUGCGCGGGCCCCCGAACCUGUGUGCCUCUGAUGCUGUGGAGCGCCAAAAGACCUCACAAUGCGAGAGAGCUCAAACAGUUGGAGGAGUUUCUCAACUUCCACACAUUGUCGUUGCACGACUCCAUCAAGAGUCAGACAGGCAUGGUGUACAGGAACCUUGGAAAGUCAGGACUGAGAGUAUCUUGCCUAGGACUCGGUACAUGGGUGACUUUUGGGGGUCAGAUAACAGAUGAGGUUGCAGAGCAGCUGAUGACCAUUGCCUACGAGAGUGGGGUCAACCUGUUCGACACCGCCGAAGUUUAUGCUGGUGGCAGAGCCGAAGUGAUUCUUGGAACCAUUAUCAAGAAGAAGUGCUGGAGGAGGUCCAGCCUGGUCAUUACAACCAAACUUUACUGGGGAGGAAAAGCAGAGACAGAAAGAGGACUGUCUAGAAAACAUAUAAUUGAAGGACUCAAAGGGUCUUUACAGAGGAUGCAGUUGGAGUACGUUGACGUUGUUUUUGCCAACCGACCUGACAGCAACACCCCUAUGGAAGAGAUCGUCCGGGCCAUGACUUAUGUGAUCAACCAAGGUAUGGCAAUGUACUGGGGAACGUCACGGUGGACGGCAAUGGAGAUAAUGGAGGCUUACUCUGUGGCAAGACAGUUUAAUCUGAUCCCGCCGGUGUGCGAGCAGGCAGAGUACCAUCUCUUCCAGAGGGAAAAAGUGGAAGUGCAACUGCCUGAACUGUAUCACAAAAUAGGAGUCGGUGCGAUGACUUGGUCACCACUGGCGUGCGGCAUCAUCACGGGGAAGUAUGAGAAUGGCAUUCCUGAAACUUCCAGGGCGUCCAUAAAAUCAUAUCAGUGGCUGAAGGAAAAAAUUGUAAGCGAAGAUGGACGAAAGCAGCAAGCCAAACUAAAGGAGCUUAACCACAUUGCAGAGAAGUUGGGCUGCACGCUACCUCAACUGGCUGUUGCAUGGUGUUUAAGGAAUGAAGGCGUAAGUUCAGUCUUGUUGGGAACAUCCAAUCCUGAGCAGCUCACCGAGAACCUUGGGGCCAUACAGGUCCUUCCCAAGAUGAACUCUCACGUGGUGACAGAAAUCGACCAUAUUCUGGGCAACAGGCCGUACAGUAAGAAGGAUUACCGCUCGUAG